AUACAGAUGAUAGUAUUCAAAAAAGACCUGGUGGUUCACCUUCAUUAAAUAAAAUAGUUUCUAUUUUUUUUCCAAAUACACCAUUUAUCGAUACUUCUGGAACAUUUGAAACUAGUAUUGUUGAAGAAAAUGAUGAAAAAAUUAAUGGUGAUACAAUAAAAUAUGGAAAACCUAAUUAUACAGAAAAAAAUAUUGUUACAAAUUCAUUAAUUAUGAUAAAUCGUUUUGGUCAAACAAUUUCUAAAGAUGUACCAAAAGCACCUAGAUUAAAAUUACAUGGAUUUUUUUGCCAAAUUGAUAUGAAUAUUGUAUUGAAUACAAAAAGUAAUGAUGGAAUACCAUUAUAUGAUGAUAUAAAAUUAUAUGAACCACCUGGUGAUUUUAUAGUUACAUUAUCUCUUUUAAUUGCAAAAGAUAAAACAGUAAAAGAUAAAGAUGGAAAUGAUGUGAAUAUUUUUCUAAAAGAAAAUAUUG